UACUUUAUUACUUGUCCAUUUAUAAGUAGCAAAAUGUUGACAGAACAAAUUGUAGUUUCUGAAUCAUCUACUGGCGAUACAUUACCAUUAGGAUUUAUAACUGCUGAAGAUGGUCGAACUCUUUUAGCAGUAGCAGAACACGAAGAUGGUAUCGUAGCAAUUAUGUCAGCACCUGUAGCAUUUAUGCAGCAGAAUAAUAUAAUUUCACCAUCAUUAGUUAAGACUAUAGAUGGAAAUAUGAUCGUGCAUCCUCCUAUUUUUCAAAUAAGUAUAGAAGGGAUUGCUGGAAUUCAACAAGGUGCUAUAUUACCAAUACAAACAUUAGAAGCAGUUCCUACUGUUAUGGAAGAUGUAUCAAGUUGUGUACAGUCUAUAGUUCCUACGUCAACAGAUUUAGCAAUAAAUAACAAAGAACAAAAAUUUUCUUCCGAGUUCCAUAUAACACAACUUCCUGUUCAGAAAAAUAAUACUAAACGUAAUCCCGGCAGACCUAGGAAAAAUGAAAUCAUCUCAUCUCACAGUAUAGAUGAUAUGAAAUGCAAUAUCUGUGGGCAAGACUUUGAUAAACAAUCUCUAUAUCGGAAACAUAUGGAUCAACAUGCAGAGGAGAAACCGCAUCGUUGUCCAAAGUGUUCUGCAUCCUUUAAUAUUCCGACGAAUUUCACGCUUCACAUGGCAACGCAUAAUACUGGUGAACCAAAAUGUCCCGAAUGUGGUAGAAAAUUUGCUAGAAUGGCCAGUUUAAAAUCUCACAUGUUGUUGCAUGUUAAAGAAGAAAAUCUUUUUUGUACGGAGUGCGAAGAUGCCUUUCCAACGAAAGCCCAAUUGGACGCACACUUGAAGUUACAUGGUGAAAAAUCAUUAACGGAGGAAGUGCGAAAGUGUAAGCUUUGCAAUAAACAAUUUGUUCAGCCUGCUUUAUAUAGACUUCAUAUUCGUGAACAUUAUAAGCUACAGACGAAGAUAGUCAAGCAGACGAAAAAAGGAACGAAACAUAAGAUUAUGUAUAAGUGUACAAUAUGUUUGAAGUCGUUUCAAAAACCUAGUCAGCUAAUGCGUCAUAUUAGAGUUCAUACAGGAGAGAAGCCUUUUAAAUGUACCGUAUGUAAUCGCGCAUUUACUCAGAAAGGUUCUUUACAAAUUCAUAUGUGGCAACAUGAUGGUAUCAGACCUCAUAUUUGUACUCUUUGCAAUGCUAGAUUCAGUCAGAAAGGAAAUCUAAAUGCCCACAUUUUAAGGGUACACAGUGCUCCAGAAGGAGAAUCCAUUUAUGGAUGUAGUUAUUGUCCUUGUAUUUUUAAAAAGCUUGGCAGUCUUAAUGGUCAUAUGAAAAGAAUGCAUUCGAAUUUGCCAGAAGAAACAACAUCAAAAUGCGAAAGUUCUACAGAGGCUGAUAUGCGAGCUACAGUUGAUAGUGUCAUAUCACAGCUAGCAUCCUUGGAAUCUGGAAUUGCUAAUGUAGCAAAUUCUACUCAAUCUGAAACUACGACUGAAAAUAGAAAUGAUAUUUUACAGGAAGCAUUAAAUAAUAGUGGAUUGCCUAGUAAAGAGAAAAAUCUUUCUAAUGAAACAAUGGACUCGAAAAAAGUAGAAGCAAAAACAACAUAUGUUACGUUGUUGGAUAGAGCCCCUGACGGCACAAUGAGAAAAUAUUUAACAAUAAAGCAGCGAUGUAUAGGAAAUAUACGAUGGUAUGCAUGUUCUUUCUGUCACAAAGAAUUUAAAAAACCAUCGGAUUUAAUACGUCAUUUAAGAGUACAUACUCAAGAAAAACCAUUUAAGUGUUCUUAUUGCUUUCGCUCGUUUGCAUUAAAAUCAACGAUGAUUGCACACGAACGUACUCACACUGGUACAAAGAAGUAUGCCUGUGGUUCGUGCGAUAAAACGUUCGCGUGUCAUAGUAGUCUUACCACUCAUACGAGAUUACAUACAAAACCGCACAAAUGCACUGUAUGUGAUAAAUCAUUUAGUUCUAGCGCUGUUUUAAAAAGUCACAUGAAAAGUCAUUCAAAAGGAAAAUCAAAUAUCUCGCCAGAAGCAGAAAGUUUAGUUCCACAAAUCAUUUUACAGGAACCAUUAGUUAUUAGCGAUGCGGGUAAUAAGAUCAGCGUGGCGCAUGUACAAUCAAAACAAAAACAUGUUUAUGACAGUGCAGAUGUUGCAAGACCACACAAAUGUUGGAUAUGUCAUGCAGCAUUUAGGAAAAUUAGUCAUUUAAAGCAACACCAUCGUCGGCAUACUGGAGAACGUCCUUUUAAAUGUCCUAAGUGCGAUAGAAGAUUUACGUCUAAUAGCGUUCUCAAGUCACAUUUGCAUACACACGAUGAUGCAAGACCAUACAGUUGUACUGUAUGUAACACUAAGUUUUCUACACAAAGCAGUAUGAAGAGACAUUUGGUUACUCAUAGUAACAAAAGACCAUUCAUGUGUCCUUAUUGUCAUAAAACAUUCAAAACUUCUGUUAAUUGUAGAAAACAUAUGAAGAUACAUAAACAUGAACUUGCACAAAGACAAUUAGAACAACAGAAAAAACAACAACAAAUUAAGGAUGUACCAAAGACAUUAAAUAAGGAUAAGGGAACUAUUUUACCAGAGAAUAUAGCACUGUCAGAGGAAAUGGAAGUAUCAUUCCAACCGCAAAUGGCACCCGAUUUUGCAUUAGCUUUUUCUGAUCAAUUUCAAAAUAUAACGGAAAAAGAAAAAACAUUUUUAACAACAGACAGAACACAACCGGUUAUUAAUUCAAAUUUAUCUACAAAUUUACCUACAAUAGAAACAAAUAAUUUACCAACAUCACAAACUUUAAAUACCGACGAAACAGCCACUAUUACAAUUCCUAAUUAUACAGGGGAUCAAUCACUUACGCCUGAAAGUAUACGUGAGAUAGAAGAAACUUUCAAUCAACAAUUGUUUAAUAUUGGAAUGAAUCUUGGUUUGGGAAAUAAUCUCCCAAGACCUAUAGAUGAUACAAACACAAAUACUCUUGAACAAAGGGAACAACCUGUAUUAAAUAUUAUUUAUGAUAAUAAUAAAAAUUUAGAGUCAUCCGCAAAUACAAUGUUCACAUCACAAUUUGACUCAUUUGAUAUUAGUCAGAUUACAUUACAACCUGAUACUGAAAUAGACAUUGGACUCAAUACAGAAAAUUCUGAAAAUAUGGCAAAUAUUUUAACUAGAUCUAUACAAGAGAGACAAGAAAUAAAUACUAUCACUAUUGAAAAUAAUACAAAUGACAAUCAUAUUAAAACACCAAAACAAUUAAUGAUAUUAGGACCCAAACAAACUGGAUCUGAAACUGCUGUAAAACUGCCACAGUCUUGUCCAAGGUAUCCAAAAGUUAUAGCUAAAGCAGAUACAACAGAUACAACAGAUAUCGAAAUCAUGAAUUUAACAAAUAGUACAGAAAUACAAAUGAUAAAUGAUAGUAAUAAAAAACAUCAAGAAAACAUCGUAUGUCACGAACAUGGAAAUAAUACUUUACAUUUAAAAUGUGAUUUAAACAACGAAAAUUUUCAAGAUACACUACAAUUAAAUGCUCAUUCAAAGUUACAUUCCCCGUCAAACAUCAUUUAUACAGAUAUUAAUGGAUGUAGCAGUCAAUGUGAUUCUUUACUUCAGUGUCAUAUAUGCAGUGAACAAGGCUUUACUACAGAAGAAUUAAAGGAACAUUUGCAAACUCACCGCGGAAUAAAGGGCUUCCAAUGUACAGAAUGUUCUCUUAAGUUCUGUACUAGUGGUGGACUUAGUAGACAUUUAAAAUUACAUAAAAGUAAAGAACAAUGGAAGUGUACAAUCUGUCAACAAGUUUUUAUUAGCAAAGCCCAAUUGAAAUCUCAUAACAAAAUACAUGAUAAUAGCCUUAAUGCAAGCUCGUUAGAAUCAGAUAAGUUGCAGAAAGAAAAUAUUUCUAUUAAUAAAACUAUGUCUAUUGAUUCUACUUCAAAUAAUAAAAUUUCUUUUGAUAGUAAAACUCUAUCAAAUAAAUCUGUCAAAUUAGAUGACAAGAUUUCUUUAAAUGAUAAAAUGGGUAAUGAUUCGUCAGUGUCAGAAAAAGUUCUUUUAGAUACAGUAGCAGAAAAAAAGAUCAUGGAUCAAAUAGAUGGUAGUGCAGAAAAAAAAGAAACAAAACAGUAUAUCAAUAAAUGUAAAUACUGUCCGAAAACAUUUCGCAAACCAAGCGAUCUUAUAAGACAUAUUCGGACGCAUACUGGCGAACGACCGUACAAGUGCGAUCAUUGCAGUAAAAGCUUUGCAGUGAAAUGUACAUUGGAUUCUCAUAUGAAAGUUCAUAGCGGCAAGAAGACGUUUUGUUGUCAUGUUUGCAAUAGUCUAUUUGCUACAAAGGGUAGUUUAAAGGUUCAUAUGCGAUUACAUACUGGUUCUAAACCAUUUAGAUGUUCGAUUUGUGAUUUAAGAUUUCGAACUUCUGGUCACAGGAAAGUACAUUUAUUGAAACAUGUGAGACAGCACAAAGGUACUACUAAACGAAAACAAAAGCACAUGAAAGUUUCAGCUGUAACUGAGGCAACCCUUGAUUUAGAAAAGUCGAUUGAAGGUGUAGUCCAUUUAGUAACAACUGAUAAUGAUGUAUCUACAUCAUCAAAUGUUGAUUACUCAAACCUUGACACAAUUAGCAUUGAAACUAAUAACUUAGUCAAUCAGAUUAAUUUGAAUAACGAUGCAAUGAUAUUGAAUAAUAAUUCAAUUGUGUCAUUAAAUGAGAAUAAUCAAUUAGUAGCAAAUUUGCAUUUCUUAUUAGCAAAUGGAUUUGUUACCAUUCAAACGGAUGAUACUUCACCAUCACCAACAACAGCUACGGCAGCACCACCACCACUAGUACCUAUUUCUGAUGCAAAUAUUAUUCAGAAUGAGACUAAAUUACCAGAAUUUGUUAAUACUGCACCUAUACAGGAAUCUUAUAUUGACACAGGUACUAAACACGUUGUUAUUACAAAUGAAACAUCAACAAGAGGAGCCCUUCCAACUACUCAUGUUUCAACAGAUUCAAAUAAUGAUAUGAGUAUAACACAGUUAGAAUAUACAAAUGCUACAACAAAUAAAACACAAGAAACAAUAAAGAAGCAAACAAAUAAGAGCAAUUCAUCAAAACAGAGAGCAUGUGAUAUUUGUGGAAAAACAUUUAUGAAGCCAUAUCAAGUAGAGAGACACAAACGAAUUCACACAGGUGAACGUCCAUUUAAGUGCGAAUUAUGUACAAAAUCAUUUGCUCAAAAGGCAACAUUACAAAUGCAUCAAAAACAUCAUACAGGUGAUCGACCACAUGCUUGCCCAUGCUGCGAAUUUACUUUUUCACAAAGAGGAAAUUUACGAACACAUUUAAGACGUGUUCAUCGAUUGGAUCUUAUCAGUGCUAAAAAGUUGAAAACAAGUCAACAAGUUUUAAGUGCUAAACUAAUACAAAAUAAUAUAGGUGAAACAAAGAUUCUAAGUUUAGAUGAUAUUGCCUUUGUCCAGUUUGUAAAAUAACUUUUAAAAUAGAAUAAUAUUUUAAAAAUGCUAAAUACGCUUAAAAUUCUGAAUACUGUCUAAGAAAUCAGAUAUAUUACUUUUCACUGCUUUAAUCAUGAAAGAUUAAAAAAAAAAAAAAAAGAAAAAAAGAAAAAAAAAGAAAAAAAAGAAAGAAAGAAAAAAAGAAAAAAAAUAAAAAAAAAGAG